CCCGGAUGCCGGGGUCCAGGGCGCUGGGUGCCGCGGCGAUCGCCGUGGUGGGCGCGCUGCUCCUCCUGCGGCCGGAGGACGCGGGGCCCGGUGCUGGGCUCAGCAUGGCCGAGACCCAGGCGCUGCCGAAGCUUCGGGAAGACUUCAGGAUGCAGAACAAAUCUGUCUUUAUACUCGGAGCCAGCGGGGAAACCGGCAAAGUGCUCUUAAAAGAACUCCUGGAACAGAACCUGUUUUCCAGAGUCACGCUCAUUGGCCGGAGGAAGCUCACCUUCGAGGAGGAGGCUUAUAAAAACGUGAAUCAAGAAGUGGUGGAUUUUGAGAAGCUGGACGACUACGCUUCUGCGUUUCAAGGUCACGAUGUUGGAUUUUGUUGCCUGGGCACCACCAGAGCAAAAGCUGGAGCGGAGGGAUUUGUCCGUGUUGACCGAGAUUAUGUGCUGAAGUCGGCGGAGCUGGCCAAAACUGGAGGGUGCAAACACUUCAACUUGCUGUCCUCGCGAGGAGCCGAUAGAGCGAGCAAAUUUUUGUAUUUACAAGUUAAGGGAGAAACAGAAGCCAGGGUUGAAGAAUUAAAAUUUGAUCGUUACUCAGUAUUUAGACCUGGAGUUUUAUUAUGUGACAGGCAAGAAUCUCGGCCAGGUGAAUGGCUGGCUAGGAAAUUCUUCAGCUCCUUACCCAACUCCUGGGCCAGUGGCCUCUCUGUGCCUGUGGUGACUGUUGUGAGAGCCAUGCUGAACAACAUGGUGAGACCUGGCAGCACAGAGAUGGAAGUGCUGGAAAACAAGGCCAUCCAGGCCCUAGGGAAAGCGGACAUCUCACUCAAGUAAUGACCUGCCAACCUCAACACUAAAUCUCAAAUUUCAGGAUCUGAGGAAAUGUGUGUGUGUUUUACUGUUGUUCGCUGUUCUCAUCCCGUGAUCUAAAAAACAGCUGUACCCUGUAGCGUGGGUUUAGAGGGAGCUUUGGGAAAAUGGAGAUUUAUUGGCUUUAUCACAAACUGGUUCAGAAUUUUGGGGCUGCCAGCUUGGAAAUGUCAUUUGCGGAAUCACUGUGGCAGUGUAAACAUUAGGUACCACGUGGAUGAGUGCGGUUCUGAAGUUGCCAACAUCACAGCCCUUGAGUUACACAAGUGCUCAUUAAUGGCAGUACCUGGGUAAGUGGACGCAGGGCUUUCCUGCUUCUUUAGCAGGUACUAUAAAAAUAUAAGGCCAAGCUUGCAUAAUUCAUGGGGUACAAUCAAUAGAGGAAUAAAAAAAAUGGACAA